AUGCGGGCUGCGGGGCUCCUCUUCAUGGUGUGUCUGGUGGACCUGAACUUGGCCCAAGGGGUCAACCAGUUGCAGUGGUUGGCCCAGCUGCGGGGCCGCUGGCACCGGCCUCAGGCCCUCUGGGCCAACGGCCAGGACCAAGACUGCCCCCUGGAGUGCGACUGUCCCGCCAAGUACCCCGCCGCCAUGUACUGCCACGGCCGCAACCUGCACCACGUGCCCUACGUCCCCUCGCACAUCAAGUACGUCUACCUGCAGAGGAACCAUAUCACGGGCAUCCAGGACGGGGUGUUCGACAACGCCACCAACCUGGUCUGGCUGGUGCUGUUUCAGAACCGCCUCAACUCCGACAAGAUCGGGAAGAACGUGUUCGGGAAGCUGAGGCAACUGGAACGCCUCUACUUGGAUCACAACGAGCUCAGCCGUGUCCCGUCCAACCUGCCCAAGUCCAUCAAGGAGCUCCGCCUUGGCAACAACCAGAUCUCCAAGAUCCAGGCAGAGUCCUUCGAGGGCAUGACCGAGCUGGCCAGUCUUCAGCUCCACGCCAACGCCAUCGAGGACGUUGGAGGGGCGUUCAAGGGUCUGAAGUCUCUGGCCGUACUGGACAUGAGGAAGAACAACCUUCGCGAGAUGCCCAAGAGCCUUCCGGAGAGCCUCCACCAGCUUUAUCUGGGCUCUAAUAAGAUAGAGAGCGUUCCUGCCGACUUUCUGAGCAUGCAUCCCAAAUUGCAGUUCUUAAGGUUGAGUAGUAACAUGCUAACAGAUGAGGGUAUUCCAUCCAAUGUGUUUAAUGUGAGCACGCUGGUGGAACUGGACCUUUCCCACAACAAACUGGAAAGGAUCCCCAUGUUGAGCAGGGACCUGGAGUACCUCUACCUAGAGGCCAAUCGUAUUAAAGAAUUCUCUUUGAGCAGUUUUUGCAGUGUGGUAGACAUGACCAACUUCUCAAAAUUGAGAGUGCUGCGUUUGGAUGCAAAUAAGAUUAGUGCCAGAGACAUUCCAACUGAAGCCGUCUACUGUUUGCGCCUUGCUGCCUCCAUAAAUGUUUAGGAUCUUCUAUCAUAUCUCAUCAAUUUAUCAAUGGAGAUAUGUCCCAAGGUAACCCGUGCCUUCUAUAAAAGCCUCUAUCAUAAAUUGAUUUAGAACCACGUUACGUCUAUUUCGAUUUUGAACUGUAUCCCAGUUGUGUUUUUAGAUGUUUUCUGACUUUGUUUUUCUGUUUUUCUGUAUGCCAGAUGAAAGCCAUAACUAAAUAAGUUAAAUUAAGUGUGUUAUUCACAAAAUCCUUAUCAAAUGUUCAUGUCUUCCCAAGUUAAAAUGUCACUAGUCAUAACUGAUUAUGACAUGGUGAGGAUUAUUUUGGUCCCUUUGCUUCCAUCCUGUGGAGUAAAACAGUCUUACAGCAGGAAAGGAAUGAACUGAUGAUUCUCAUUAGCGUGUUUAAAGGGAAGAGAAAUGUCUUGUGAAGGCUACUUUCUGUGUUUUAAACAUCACUCACAGCUCUUUUUCAUAAUUUCACAAAGUAUCUUCAAUAAAACGGUGAAUUGUAUUUCCAUUUAAAGAAUGUAGCGUAAAAGUAAACAAAUUAAUCGGUGUACGAUUAUAUAUGACAAUAACUAUUAUGCAAAUGUUCAUGUUUUUCUCUCACUAAAUGAAGUGACCAUGUGUCUAUGCAAAUAUGAAGCAUGUGUAGAGCCCUUGGAUAACACCAUCAAUAUAAAUAUCUGACACAGCCAAAUGUUCUCUUUGUUGUGGUAAGCCUAAACUUAAAAACAGCUGUUUCACAGCUCCCUCCAAGUCAGAAAGGUAGAGAGACAGAGGAGAGAGCGACUGAGCAAGAAUUGAAGAAAAAGGAAAGAUAGAAGGAAAGAAGAAAUCAAGAAAGGAAAACAAGAAAAUAAUAGCUUUCU